CCCAGCGAGGGGCGGAGGCGGGCGGCGGGGCGGGCCCGGAGCCGCCGGGAGCGGGCGGAAGCGGUGGCGGCCGCCAUGAGCCGGCUGCGGGAGGAGGACGACCCCUACGUGGUGGAGGAGCCCAGCGACGAGGAGCGGGCGCUCAGCAGCUCAGAAGAUGAGGUGGACGUGCUCUUACACGGCACUCCCGAUCAGAAGCGGAAGCUGCUCCGGGAGUGCCUGACCGGGGAGAGCGAGUCCUCCAGCGACGAUGAGUUCCAGAAGGAGAUGGAGGCCGAGCUCAACACCACCAUGAGAACUAUCGAAGGCAAAUGGAAAUCGCCAGAAAUGGGUACUUCCUCAAGUACUGGGCAGACUGGACAUGCCACCACUUCAAAAUACUACGAUGACAUUUACUUUGAUUCUGAUUCAGAGGAUGAAGAUAAAAUGGUUACACAGGAUGUCCAGAAAAAAAGAAAACAUCAGCAACGUCAGAUUCUUUCCAAUGAUGAGCUGUUAUAUGACCCAGAAGAAGACGAUCGAGACCAAGCGUGGGUUGACUUACAGAGGAGGAGGUACCGUAAUCAAAAAAAAGGGCUGCGGCAACAACAGACAAAACCUGCAGCUGUUCCAAAUAGCGAUGCUGUUUUGAAUUGCCCUGCCUGCAUGACGACAUUAUGCCUGGACUGUCAGAGACAUGAAUCUUACAAAACACAGUAUAGAGCAAUGUUUGUGAUGAACUGCUUUGUUAACAAAGAGGAAAUUCUGAAAUACAGAAAGAAGCUAAAUAAAAGAAGAAAGAAAAUGAAGCACAGCAAAGAAGCUACCUCUGUACAGUCCAAUCAAGAAGAGGAGGAAGUGUAUCAUCCAGUGUUAUGUACUGAAUGUUCAACUGAGGUAGCAGUGAUGGAUAAAGAUGAAGUUUUUCAUUUCUUCAAUGUUCUAGCCAGCCACUGCUAAUAUGUAAAAGCAGCAAAAAAAAGUGCACUGUUUAAGACAGUGUGAAGUAUCAGAAAUGCAGGCGUGUUAGCAUUUUUAAAAUACGUUCUUUUAAAUGUGUAUUUUAAUUAGAGAACUUUAUAGCGGUUGGGUUUUUGACACUGUUGUUGUAUUCCUUUUUAUGAAAGGAAUACGGUUAACUGCUUGCAUUUGAGAACAAUAUUCUUCCACACUGUCAGGUGGUUGUAUCAUUGAGGAUUUAAAAUUUUGUAAAUAAAAUGUAAGAUCUAUGUAUUAUGAUCAUUCCCUGUGUAUAUACUGCCCAUUAUCUCAAUAUAUAUUAGAACUGCUGCUUAGAAUAAAGACGGUAUAAACUGGUCCUUUGCAGCUGCAUCGGUCAUUUCUAUGGUGCUGAUGAACUCUGUAGUGCUCAGUCAGGAUGUGGGGAUCCCUUAGGCUGGCAUUCGUGGGUGAUCUGCACAAAUGCAGGUAAGAUAACGAAUUGUCAUUAGAUUUGGAUUAUUGGCUCAUUAAGGUCUCAAAAAUUGAAAUUUUUAUUUGUAUAGAUGGGAAAAUUAGGUUAUAUCAAAUUUGGCAUGGAUGAUUCUGGCAUGGAUCACUUAAAUCAACAUAUUGACGCUCAGUAAUACAAUUAGGAACUUCUACUGUAAAGAUGUAUUUGAAGAAAAUUGCCAGUUUUUCUAUUGUACUUUUUCUUCAUGGUGACGUGUUUUAAUAAAUUUAUGGUCAGCUCUAUGGCCAUUAA